CGCUCGAUUUCACUCACUCAUUCCUAGGGGUGCUUUGAGUAUAUGAUAUUUCAGCUACCAUUAAGAUUCUGGUCACUAUGAGAGGCCUUCUUUUAUGUUGAUGACCAAAUAUGUUUGAGGCAAUGGUUUUCGCAAAUGAGGAGAUUCUUACGAAGUCUGAUUUUGGUCAUGUGAAGUUUUAUGUAAAGGGAUCUUGGCUUGCCCCGAAGUAUGAGAUUAAAUGAUGGAUCAGAGUGAUCCUAAUGGCAAUUAUCGUGAUUUUUGUCGAGGAAAUCUUGCUUUCUAAAAAAUAGUGGUGGCUUUUGGACAUGUUGGGGAAUGCGUGUUACAUUGCCCCCUUAUAUGAGAUUUUGUUUUGAGGAGGUGGGGUUAGAUAGUGAACAAAUGAGGUCUUUUUGAAUGUGAACUUGGCUAUGGGAAAUCUUAUAAUUGGAAUUCUUGUUUGGCUCAUAGACUAAGAAGAUUAAGCUUUCUUGAAGAUCUUGCUUAAGGUUUUUUUGUUGAUAUUGGUCGACAAACAAUUGACUUACCGUGAAUGGUAGUGGUUUCGAAUUUCAAUGGAUGGGCCUCUAACAUGCAGUCCCACAACAAUUUUUUUGCUUGCUUUUUUUUUGUCGUGGGACUUACUUAACUUGGUUAUGCCACAGAUAUGUUUCUUUGUUUGGUUGUGUUUCAAAGCAUGAGUAUGUCAAGAGUUUUUGUCAUGGUGAUGUGAAUGCUCUUUUUGUUGGGUAAGAUGAUCGAGUACGUCUUUCCCAAAGAACCACGUUUAUAAUGUCGUAGUCGUUGUACCCUUCGAAUGCCUUUCUUGUUUGUCUUUUGUCUAGUUUACUCUGAAUUUGCUAGCAAACGUUGGCUAUGGUAGUGGCGAGAUUCUACAAGUAGCCUGAUGUCGUAUUCUCGUUACACCCUUUUGACUAUUGGCACUCAUAAUUUUUGGACACCAAUGGGGUGUUUAUAAUCUCAACUAUAGUGAAGUGCUCACACUCUCGACACCACUAGGGGUGCUUACAAUUGCUCGACACCAGUGGGGUGCUCAUAUUCGCUCAAUAUGGUAAUCUCAUGGCUUAACUUUUAACAUGCAAUAAAAUUUUGGUUUAAAAGAGAAAACAAGAUUUUUCAAUAGUUGGAAAAGAAAAAAAAAACAUUGGAUGCGAACUCCUAAAUCGAAAUUGAUAGAAAGUCACAAAAUGUUCCAAAUAAAUAGAAAUGUGAACGAUCCUUUUAUCGUCACGAUGAAGCAAAGUGUGGUACAACUCUCAGCAUGGCAAAGUGGCAUCAAUCACGAAUCAAGCUCCGGUAUGUGGCUUGCAUUAUGGUUUCGAUGAUUGGGUAGUGGGUUGUAGUUGAUGGUUGGACAACUUGGUUGAUAAAAUCGUCAAUAAAAUGCCCAUUGAUCUCCAUUUCUUGAAGAAUUGUGCGCUUUCUUUCGUUGCGCCAAUUUCUUGUGGAAUGACUCCCAUAAAGAGCACAACCUUGGAUCUAGUACUCAAUGGUUGACUUUUUUACUUGCGAGUGAGCAAUUUUAAGGAACCUUGCCAAUUGAUUUUGUUUCUAUUUAAUUAAUGAAAUGUGUAUGUUAUGCUUAUGCAAACUGAUUAAGAUGCAUGAAGGCUAAAAUGAUUUUACUAGAUGCAUAUGCUUUUUAUAAAUGAUUUUUUUUAAUGUGAGGAUGAAAAUGUCAUAAAUUUUGGAUUUUUUUUACUAUGUACAAAUCAUAUAAUUAUAUUAUGAGCAAUUGAUAAAGCACAAAUCAUUGCAUAAUACACAAAAAUACAUGUGAAUCGACAAAAAAAACAUAAUUCUAUUUAUGCAAAUCUAGAGUUCAUGGAAGAUUUAACGAUGAGAUUCAAGGUGGCUUGAGAAUCUGUUUUGGAAAAUUUAGGGUGGCUUCGAAAUAGACAAUAUGAUUGGUAAGGAGUUUCUAGGAAUUGGCUCCCUAGUUGUACCCGUUUAUAGCUCUUUCGAGCUAGCCGAAUACCUCAAAUCAACCUCGGAUUUGAGUUCAACUUGGUUAGAAAGUUUCGCGUUAUUCCUCUACUAUUGUAGAAGUCACGUUACUUCUUUCAUUUUCUUACGGGAGAGCUCGGGUAUAGAGCUUUAUGCAUGAAUGCAAAAAUGUUAAUACGCGAAAUGUAAAUGCUCAAAUAAUAAAAUAAACACCUAAAAGAAGGUAAGAUAAACUUAUCGAUUUAGUAAAGUAGCUUGACUCUCAAAUGUCCCCAGCGGAGUCGCCACAGUCGCAACCGCACCUCCGAAUUGGCGAGCCAUCGACCUUAAUUUGUGGUGGGUCGAACACCUUUUGGUCCGGUUCCAACCUUGGGUCAGAACCGGGAUUUGGUCUGCGAAUUUUGAGAUUUUUGGGUUCGGGAGUACGGUUACGUGUGGGGAAGUGUAUUCACGCCCCACAACGCCCCUAAAUGGGUACUACUUAAAUCGAUAAGUUUUUAAGGAUUGGGUGUAUUAUUAUUUGCGGCUUUAUUAAUGUAUUUAAUUUUAUGAUUUGAUUAAUUAGAUAGUUAUUAAUAUUUGAUCAUACGUCUAUUGACGCAAUUCUCAAAAUUAAAGAAAGAGUUUUUGGUUAGCUGAACUCGAACCUAUUGGUUGCCUACGUACCCGAGUAGUCGGGAUCAAAGUCCACGUAGUUCGUUUAGACUUUGAUAAUUUAAUUGUAGCUUUUACCACGUUCCACUGAACGUAAUUCUCGUAUUAUAAUUUUGUUAACUUUGAUAGGCUUAAUCAUAAUUUUUACCGCGUUCUACUGAAGGUAGUUCUCGUAAUAGAAUUUUAUUGUUAAAAUUUAGGUUGAUUAUUAUUAGGAUGUAUUUUCGUGUAUUAGGAAAAGAAAUGAGACAAACUUAAUCCGCAUUUCACAUUUUUGUAUUAAGAACUUUAAAACAAAGAAAACUAAGCGGGAUGGUUAAAGAGACGAAUGAUGGGUCAGUAGCCCAACUGGCUGGCUAACUAACUGGUUCGUCUUCACCCACGAGGACGCGGUUUCGAACCACGGUGAUGGAUAUGUUUUUUUGUUUCUCGUUUUAGUGCAGCAAAAGGGGGAAGGGUAUUUUUGUAAUUACUCAAAAACACGGUGGCAUGGCUGCGAAAUAAGCUGAAAACCCUAGGGGCAUUUUAGUCAAUUGGAAAGGUAUAUAAACAGAACGAAACCCUAAUCACACUAAUUCGGCCGCCGGCCUCUAUCCUCUCCUCUCUCUCUCUCGCGUUCUUCUGAAACGAGAAUGGGAAAAACCGAAAACGUCAACACUUCGCCUCUCUCUCUCACUCUCGUCUCAGAAGAGACUCCAAAAACCCUAAACGAUGCCAAACGGCGCCGCCCUCUCUCUCAAUCCCUCUCGUUUUAUGCUUUAUCCUUGCAAAUCGAAACCCUAAUCCUAAUCAAUCCUAGCAGCCGCCUCCAUGGAGAUCGAACGGCGACCCCUCUCUCUCUCUCUAUGCGCCGCCGCUCUCGACUCUGGCCGGGAAGUUAAGGGGAAAUCGACCCGGGUAAGAAACACGACAUGCAUGCUUCCUAAUUUCUAUCUCUUGGAUUAUAAUUGGGAUUCCUAAUUCCUAAUUUGUUUUUGGGUUUCGGAUUUGGAUGAGGAGGAAAAGGGAGAAGAGGGAGUCACCGGCGGUGACUAGAUCGAUGGUAAGUGGCGGAUUAUGGUUUUGUAUGUUUGAUUUUCUGGGUUUUUUAUUCCGAGUUUGGGUUCUAACCCUUUCUGCUUUUUCGCAGGUUACAAAAAGAGGCUAGAUCUGGGUGCGGUUUCUCCCUACCCUUAUUUUCGUUUCGGUUAACCUUUGGUAUCUAAUUAGGUUAGGAAAUUUUGUGAUUGAUGCUCCUGAGUUGGGAUUGGGGUCUGACUAUCGUAGUUGAUUUGGUCAUAAAUUUAUGAUUCUGAGAUUUGAGAUUUGGGGGAAAAUGCUUGUGUUUACUCCAUAUGCAUGGUAUAUUUUUAUGUAUAUGCAGAAAUAACGAGAGAAUUGAAAUCUGACACAAAUUAAGAAGAUAGUAUAUAGCUUUAUGGAAAUGGUAAUAAAACUUGGAGUAGAUGACAGUAAUAAAUAAAUAGUAAUAAGCGUAAAUUAAAAGAUGAGAGAUUUAUAGGCUAAUAUGACUAACAGGUAAUAAAGUGAAUGCUUGAAACAAAUAAAUAAAGGAACUGAAAAAUAAACUAUUAUCAAUGGAAGAGAUGGUAAAGUAAAUGAGACUUGGUAAGUCUGAAUUGAUAAGUUGUGAUUUCUUUUUUGUUAAAAUCAAUUUGGUCAUUUUGUAGUUUGAUUGGAAUUGAUUGAUUUUUUUCUCUUUUUGAAAGUAUGAUGUAGUAACGAUGGUAAUAUAAUAACUAUAGUAAUGGUGGAGAAAAAGAAGAAAAGAGUAGCAAAACCGCAAAAGAGGUUAUAUUAUUAGCAAUGGAUGAUGAACCUGGAUUAGUAAACCGCAGACCUUGUUGGGCUUUUCUUCUACUUCUAUUUUUACAGAGAAUAGAGAAGGAAAAGAACGUGUGUUGUAUUUCUCCUUCUAGUUCUCAGCACUUUCCCUCUCUGAACUACUAAGAAGAAGAAAAAGAGAACUCUGAACUGACUGAAAGAAAAGAGUGUUUUCCCACUAUUUUCCCCUCCCCAAAAGCCGUCCUCGGUUCUUGAAAAUUGAGCCUGCUUUUAUAGAAAAAGGAGGCGGUGGUUCCAGGGUUCGGUCGGACCAAUUUUGGUUCAACCGGUCCGUCGGGUUGGGUCGCUUCUGAGCUGACCGGCCUUCUCUUGACCAUGUGGGCUAGUCUUGGAGUUGGACCUUGCAUUUGGGCUUGACCAAGCAUUGACUUUGGGCUGGAUCUGGCCUUGUUGCAUGGGCUUGACUUUGGACUUGUGGCCGAAAUCUGGGCUUGAACUUGGUUCAUGGCUGGCGGGCUAUUCAAGAGAUGGAAGAAAGAUGUAUUGAUUGUAAUUUUCAUUUAGUAAUUCUUAUUUGUAAUUUAUAUUCUUAUUGUAAUUGCAUAAUUUAUUGAUAAUUUAAAUAAAACUUUCUUCUUCUUCUUCUGUAUUUUUUGUGAUGUGCCAAAAGCAUAAAUUGGAAGCCAAUCGGUCCUAUUAAAUCCACUCGAAUCGAAUUCGAAUAAAUUAUACAAUUAUCGAUAUUAGACUCGCAAUGGCCAAUCUAAUUAUCUUACGACAUUUCAAGUUUAAAUUAGAAUUUUAGUUGAGUAAUUGACCCGGACAAAAUGGGGUGUCUACAGUUGCCCCCUUGUAUAUCUCUUUAUGUAAAGAGUUAUACAAAGUUCCCGUAUAGACACCACAUUUUCUUAGUUCAGUCGAGGAUUAUAUUUUGUUGGUGACGUAUUUUUUCGGCGUUCGUCAUCGCCAAUUGUUAUAUUUUUCUCGAUGAUGACGUAAAUGAAGCGCACGUCAGCGCUAAUUGUUGGGUUUUUUCUUAUGAUGACGUAAACGAAGCGCACGUCAGCGCUAAUUGUUGGGGUUUCCUGAUGAGGACGUAAAUGAAGCGCACGCCAGCGCUAAUUGUUGAACUUAUUUUGAUGGUUAAUUGUUUUAUGCUUAUUAGCAUUGGUGUAGUAUUUUUCAGGCGCUCGCCAGCACCAAUGUACUUUUCGAACGCUCACCAGCGUCGGUGUCGUAUUUUUCAGGCGCUCGCCAGCACCAGAGUACUUUUCGAACGCUCACCAGCGUCCGUGUCGUAUUUUUCAGGCGCUCGCCAGCACCAAUUUAGUAUUUUUAGCAGUAAAAUCAAGCUAAUAAUUUUGUAACGACAUUGUACUCAAAUUGUUUGUGAUAGAAAUCAAUCGAAACAAUGAGAAAAAUGACAACGAUGAAAUCAAGCUAAUCAUUCUGUAAGGAAGUUGUACUCAAAUUGUCUAUGAUAGAAAUCAAAUCGAACAAUGAGAAUAAUAACUAUGAUAAAAUCAAGCUUAUCAUUAAUGAAAAUGUGUAUUUGUAUUUCGCAUGAAAAGUUUUAACAUACAUUUAGUAAAUGUUUGAGAGGUUUUUGUGACGAAUAACAAUUCACUUUGAUGUAUGAUGAUGUCAAGUACUGAGUAUAAAAAAUGAUGUUGGAAAUGAUUGUGUGAUGAGUCAAUGCUAAUGAAUGAUAAUGUCGUGUAUAUGCAAAUAGAGGAUAUGAUACAUUUUCAGUUGUUUUGAAAAUAUUUUGUUUUCGUUGACUUGGGCUCCUUUAAAUUGAACGCCCACAAGAAUUGAAUCAUUGCCUUUUGUAGACUUGAUCCUCAAUUGUGCGAGCUAUUAAUUGGACCUCCUUCGGGCUUCUCGUUGUUCAAGGCAGGGUUGUGAAAUUUGCAUUGGUGUAGUGUAUUGUGCUCCUUUUGUGGUGGAGGAAUGAUUAACUGGUUGGUUGAACGAAAUCAAGGUUGCUUUCAGGAUCUUUGAGAUUUAUAAACCAGCGAGUUGAAAAGUUGGGUUGUUUGGCUUGUGAGAAUUUUAUAAUUCUUUUCUUUGAGGCUACACCAUUCUUGCCCCCAAAGAUAUGUUCACUUUCUAUUAUUCGGAACAAAGAGUGACUUUAUCAAACUCGACUUAAGAUGAUGCAAAAAUGUUCGAAGAGUGUGGAUGGAAAGGUAUAUGAGAACUUGAUGUUCGAACUUUUGUUGACAUAAGUGUGUGCGAAUUGGAUAAAAUGAUUUUGAUGUGGUUAUUGUCGUGUGGCUAAAUUUUUCAUUUUUAUAAUAAAAAGUGUGCAAGUCAAGCCAUGAGAAUAUCCAGAAGCACUCACUCUACUCUCACUCUCAAUGUCACGCUCGAUUUCACUCACUCAUUCCUAGGGGUGCUUUGAGUAUAUGAUAUUUCAGCUACCAUUAAGAUUCUGGUCACUAUGAGAGGCCUUCUUUUAUGUUGAUGACCAAAUAUGUUUGAGGCAAUGGUUUUCGCAAAUGAGGAGAUUCUUACGAAGUCUGAUUUUGGUCAUGUGAAGUUUUAUGUAAAGGGAUCUUGGCUUGCCCCGAAGUAUGAGAUUAAAUGAUGGAUCAGAGUGAUCCUAAUGGCAAUUAUCGUGAUUUUUGUCGAGGAAAUCUUGCUUUCUAAAAAAUAGUGGUGGCUUUUGGACAUGUUGGGGAAUGCGUGUUACAUUGCCCCCUUAUAUGAGAUUUUGUUUUGAGGAGGUGGGGUUAGAUAGUGAACAAAUGAGGUCUUUUUGAAUGUGAACUUGGCUAUGGGAAAUCUUAUAAUUGGAAUUCUUGUUUGGCUCAUAGACUAAGAAGAUUAAGCUUUCUUGAAGAUCUUGCUUAAGGUUUUUUUGUUGAUAUUGGUCGACAAACAAUUGACUUACCGUGAAUGGUAGUGGUUUCGAAUUUCAAUGGAUGGGCCUCUAACAUGCAGUCCCACAACAAUUUUUUUGCUUGCUUUUUUUUUGUCGUGGGACUUACUUAACUUGGUUAUGCCACAGAUAUGUUUCUUUGUUUGGUUGUGUUUCAAAGCAUGAGUAUGUCAAGAGUUUUUGUCAUGGUGAUGUGAAUGCUCUUUUUGUUGGGUAAGAUGAUCGAGUACGUCUUUCCCAAAGAACCACGUUUAUAAUGUCGUAGUCGUUGUACCCUUCGAAUGCCUUUCUUGUUUGUCUUUUGUCUAGUUUACUCUGAAUUUGCUAGCAAACGUUGGCUAUGGUAGUGGCGAGAUUCUACAAGUAGCCUGAUGUCGUAUUCUCGUUACACCCUUUUGACUAUUGGCACUCAUAAUUUUUGGACACCAAUGGGGUGUUUAUAAUCUCAACUAUAGUGAAGUGCUCACACUCUCGACACCACUAGGGGUGCUUACAAUUGCUCGACACCAGUGGGGUGCUCAUAUUCGCUCAAUAUGGUAAUCUCAUGGCUUAACUUUUAACAUGCAAUAAAAUUUUGGUUUAAAAGAGAAAACAAGAUUUUUCAAUAGUUGGAAAAGAAAAAAAAAACAUUGGAUGCGAACUCCUAAAUCGAAAUUGAUAGAAAGUCACAAAAUGUUCCAAAUAAAUAGAAAUGUGAACGAUCCUUUUAUCGUCACGAUGAAGCAAAGUGUGGUACAACUCUCAGCAUGGCAAAGUGGCAUCAAUCACGAAUCAAGCUCCGGUAUGUGGCUUGCAUUAUGGUUUCGAUGAUUGGGUAGUGGGUUGUAGUUGAUGGUUGGACAACUUGGUUGAUAAAAUCGUCAAUAAAAUGCCCAUUGAUCUCCAUUUCUUGAAGAAUUGUGCGCUUUCUUUCGUUGCGCCAAUUUCUUGUGGAAUGACUCCCAUAAAGAGCACAACCUUGGAUCUAGUACUCAAUGGUUGACUUUUUUACUUGCGAGUGAGCAAUUUUAAGGAACCUUGCCAAUUGAUUUUGUUUCUAUUUAAUUAAUGAAAUGUGUAUGUUAUGCUUAUGCAAACUGAUUAAGAUGCAUGAAGGCUAAAAUGAUUUUACUAGAUGCAUAUGCUUUUUAUAAAUGAUUUUUUUUAAUGUGAGGAUGAAAAUGUCAUAAAUUUUGGAUUUUUUUUACUAUGUACAAAUCAUAUAAUUAUAUUAUGAGCAAUUGAUAAAGCACAAAUCAUUGCAUAAUACACAAAAAUACAUGUGAAUCGACAAAAAAAACAUAAUUCUAUUUAUGCAAAUCUAGAGUUCAUGGAAGAUUUAACGAUGAGAUUCAAGGUGGCUUGAGAAUCUGUUUUGGAAAAUUUAGGGUGGCUUCGAAAUAGACAAUAUGAUUGGUAAGGAGUUUCUAGGAAUUGGCUCCCUAGUUGUACCCGUUUAUAGCUCUUUCGAGCUAGCCGAAUACCUCAAAUCAACCUCGGAUUUGAGUUCAACUUGGUUAGAAAGUUUCGCGUUAUUCCUCUACUAUUGUAGAAGUCACGUUACUUCUUUCAUUUUCUUACGGGAGAGCUCGGGUAUAGAGCUUUAUGCAUGAAUGCAAAAAUGUUAAUACGCGAAAUGUAAAUGCUCAAAUAAUAAAAUAAACACCUAAAAGAAGGUAAGAUAAACUUAUCGAUUUAGUAAAGUAGCUUGACUCUCAAAUGUCCCCAGCGGAGUCGCCACAGUCGCAACCGCACCUCCGAAUUGGCGAGCCAUCGACCUUAAUUUGUGGUGGGUCGAACACCUUUUGGUCCGGUUCCAACCUUGGGUCAGAACCGGGAUUUGGUCUGCGAAUUUUGAGAUUUUUGGGUUCGGGAGUACGGUUACGUGUGGGGAAGUGUAUUCACGCCCCACAACGCCCCUAAAUGGGUACUACUUAAAUCGAUAAGUUUUUAAGGAUUGGGUGUAUUAUUAUUUGCGGCUUUAUUAAUGUAUUUAAUUUUAUGAUUUGAUUAAUUAGAUAGUUAUUAAUAUUUGAUCAUACGUCUAUUGACGCAAUUCUCAAAAUUAAAGAAAGAGUUUUUGGUUAGCUGAACUCGAACCUAUUGGUUGCCUACGUACCCGAGUAGUCGGGAUCAAAGUCCACGUAGUUCGUUUAGACUUUGAUAAUUUAAUUGUAGCUUUUACCACGUUCCACUGAACGUAAUUCUCGUAUUAUAAUUUUGUUAACUUUGAUAGGCUUAAUCAUAAUUUUUACCGCGUUCUACUGAAGGUAGUUCUCGUAAUAGAAUUUUAUUGUUAAAAUUUAGGUUGAUUAUUAUUAGGAUGUAUUUUCGUGUAUUAGGAAAAGAAAUGAGACAAACUUAAUCCGCAUUUCACAUUUUUGUAUUAAGAACUUUAAAACAAAGAAAACUAAGCGGGAUGGUUAAAGAGACGAAUGAUGGGUCAGUAGCCCAACUGGCUGGCUAACUAACUGGUUCGUCUUCACCCACGAGGACGCGGUUUCGAACCACGGUGAUGGAUAUGUUUUUUUGUUUCUCGUUUUAGUGCAGCAAAAGGGGGAAGGGUAUUUUUGUAAUUACUCAAAAACACGGUGGCAUGGCUGCGAAAUAAGCUGAAAACCCUAGGGGCAUUUUAGUCAAUUGGAAAGGUAUAUAAACAGAACGAAACCCUAAUCACACUAAUUCGGCCGCCGCCCUCUAUCCUCUCCUCUCUCUCUCUCGCGUUCUUCUGAAACGAGAAUGGGAAAAACCGAAAACGUCAACACUUCGCCUCUCUCUCUCACUCUCGUCUCAGAAGAGACUCCAAAAACCCUAAACGAUGCCAAACGGCGCCGCCCUCUCUCUCAAUCCCUCUCGUUUUAUGCUUUAUCCUUGCAAAUCGAAACCCUAAUCCUAAUCAAUCCUAGCAGCCGCCUCCAUGGAGAUCGAACGGCGACCCCUCUCUCUCUCUCUAUGCGCCGCCGCUCUCGACUCUGGCCGGGAAGUUAAGGGGAAAUCGACCCGGGUAAGAAACACGACAUGCAUGCUUCCUAAUUUCUAUCUCUUGGAUUAUAAUUGGGAUUCCUAAUUCCUAAUUUGUUUUUGGGUUUCGGAUUUGGAUGAGGAGGAAAAGGGAGAAGAGGGAGUCACCGGCGGUGACUAGAUCGAUGGUAAGUGGCGGAUUAUGGUUUUGUAUGUUUGAUUUUCUGGGUUUUUUAUUCCGAGUUUGGGUUCUAACCCUUUCUGCUUUUUCGCAGGUUACAAAAAGAGGCUAGAUCUGGGUGCGGUUUCUCCCUACCCUUAUUUUCGUUUCGGUUAACCUUUGGUAUCUAAUUAGGUUAGGAAAUUUUGUGAUUGAUGCUCCUGAGUUGGGAUUGGGGUCUGACUAUCGUAGUUGAUUUGGUCAUAAAUUUAUGAUUCUGAGAUUUGAGAUUUGGGGGAAAAUGCUUGUGUUUACUCCAUAUGCAUGGUAUAUUUUUAUGUAUAUGCAGAAAUAACGAGAGAAUUGAAAUCUGACACAAAUUAAGAAGAUAGUAUAUAGCUUUAUGGAAAUGGUAAUAAAACUUGGAGUAGAUGACAGUAAUAAAUAAAUAGUAAUAAGCGUAAAUUAAAAGAUGAGAGAUUUAUAGGCUAAUAUGACUAACAGGUAAUAAAGUGAAUGCUUGAAACAAAUAAAUAAAGGAACUGAAAAAUAAACUAUUAUCAAUGGAAGAGAUGGUAAAGUAAAUGAGACUUGGUAAGUCUGAAUUGAUAAGUUGUGAUUUCUUUUUUGUUAAAAUCAAUUUGGUCAUUUUGUAGUUUGAUUGGAAUUGAUUGAUUUUUUUCUCUUUUUGAAAGUAUGAUGUAGUAACGAUGGUAAUAUAAUAACUAUAGUAAUGGUGGAGAAAAAGAAGAAAAGAGUAGCAAAACCGCAAAAGAGGUUAUAUUAUUAGCAAUGGAUGAUGAACCUGGAUUAGUAAACCGCAGACCUUGUUGGGCUUUUCUUCUACUUCUAUUUUUACAGAGAAUAGAGAAGGAAAAGAACGUGUGUUGUAUUUCUCCUUCUAGUUCUCAGCACUUUCCCUCUCUGAACUACUAAGAAGAAGAAAAAGAGAACUCUGAACUGACUGAAAGAAAAGAGUGUUUUCCCACUAUUUUCCCCUCCCCAAAAGCCGUCCUCGGUUCUUGAAAAUUGAGCCUGCUUUUAUAGAAAAAGGAGGCGGUGGUUCCAGGGUUCGGUCGGACCAAUUUUGGUUCAACCGGUCCGUCGGGUUGGGUCGCUUCUGAGCUGACCGGCCUUCUCUUGACCAUGUGGGCUAGUCUUGGAGUUGGACCUUGCAUUUGGGCUUGACCAAGCAUUGACUUUGGGCUGGAUCUGGCCUUGUUGCAUGGGCUUGACUUUGGACUUGUGGCCGAAAUCUGGGCUUGAACUUGGUUCAUGGCUGGCGGGCUAUUCAAGAGAUGGAAGAAAGAUGUAUUGAUUGUAAUUUUCAUUUAGUAAUUCUUAUUUGUAAUUUAUAUUCUUAUUGUAAUUGCAUAAUUUAUUGAUAAUUUAAAUAAAACUUUCUUCUUCUUCUUCUGUAUUUUUUGUGAUGUGCCAAAAGCAUAAAUUGGAAGCCAAUCGGUCCUAUUAAAUCCACUCGAAUCGAAUUCGAAUAAAUUAUACAAUUAUCG